AUGAAUGAAACAGACGAUGUGAACGCGACACCUGUGCGCGCGGCACCCGUGGCGACAGCGGAUACGAUUCGUAAAUUACGUGAGCAGCUCGACUCGCUAGAAAAGAGAGAAUUACAUAUUGUGAAAAAGAUUGAAUUACAACUGCAAGAAGCGAAACAGAAAAGUGCGGCUAAUGAUAAGCGUGGUGCAAUCUUUGCGCUGAAACGCAAGAAAAUGUAUGAAGCUGAGGUUGAAAAGCUUCAAGGAUCACGCAUGACUUUAGAAACGCAAGUUAUGACACUUGAAAGUGCGCACGUUAAUAUGGAAACGUUUACAGCGUUACGCUCAGGCGCUGAACAGAUGAAAGCUAUUCACAAUCAGAUGAAUGUCGAUAAAGUGGACAACAUUAUGGAUGAUAUUCAAGAGGAAAUGGCGACAGCGGAUGAAAUUGGGCGUGCUAUCUCACAGCCACUUGGCUCCCAACUAUAUGACGAUGAUGAGCUGGAAGACGAACUGCGCGAAAUGGAGGAACUUGAGCUGGAAGAGAAGACGCUUCAACCGAUUGCUGCCACUUCUAAAGAACCAACUAAAGUUGUACCUGCGCCUGUUGCAGCUACUUUAGCAGCCACUGCAGCGGCGAUAUCUUCACCUCCGAUCGCGCAGUAUAACUUGCCAGAUGUACCGACACACGCGAUUGAAUCCAACAUAAACGUGGUCGGUAGCGCAGAUGAAGACGAAUUAGAGGCUCUGCGGAACCUCGAAGCAUCCAUGGCGCUAUCACGCGUAUCAUAA